UAGAAGUUCAAAAAGUCCCUCCAACACUGAAGAGGAACAUCUCGUAUCCACUGCUAGUCUCGCCACGGUUGAGUUUCUCCACACUUCAGCAGAAGACACGUCUAAAGUUGAGCUUAACCUCCACACUGCUGUCCAGGACUCCUGAAACCUCUCCAGUCCUCUCAGCAAACUGCGAUUUGACAGAUUUUGAACACUCGUCAGGAGCCAAAACAUAAAAUGGCACACAAGCGGAUCCUUCGAGCCCUCGGAAACGGGCAGACGAGAAGAAGCCUGUUCGGUCCGGUGGAUCGCGAGCAGCUCCAGCGCGAGUAUCGCGACGCGCUGAGGAAAGACCUGGAGGACGCGUCGCGUCGCUGGAGCUUCGACUUCGUCGCGGAGAAGCCUUUGGAGGGCGGAGACUUCAGCUGGGUGGGCGUGUCCGGCGUGCGCGUUCCUGUGCUGUACCGGAGCUGUGAGGACGCACGGAAUCCCGCAGGAUCACCGGGAAAAGAGAACAGAUUCGGUUCGGUUCCGCAGGGCGUGGAGAAAACGCCGGAAAAGAGAGCCGAGAUGAAGAGGAAACAGACGAACAUCACAGACUUCUACCAGGCAAAGAAGAGGCAAGUGGCCACGCCCCGCAAAUCAGGACAAUAACACACUCAGGACCUGUGUGUGUGUGUGUUUGUCAUGCCUGGACUCUCCUCACGUGUAAAGACAUUCAGUAACUGACGUGAACUCAGUGGAUCUUCUGUUUUCCUACACCGUAAUCUACCUUCAUAGUGGAGUUCAUAGCUGUUCCACAAAUCUUCGUUUUGUCUUCAUCAUGUGUUAUUCAGGAACGGGAAUCGGUCUUUGAGCACUUCCUGUUUAUAUGUUUGCAUUUCAACAUAUUGAAAUGCAUUUUUACCUGAAAAAUCCCUUUAAAUUCGAUGUGUGGAGGAAAGAUUCGAAUCAUCCAUGAAUGAAUCUUUCAGAAUCACGAAAUUGCGAAAAGGGUUUCAUUAUGAACACUGAUUUUUGUCAGUGUGCACAUAUUCAAAUGUAUUGCUUUAUUGCACAAAAUAUGUUGCUAACUUUAAAAACUGAUAUUUUUAAAGGUUUGGUGCCAAUUUUUUUUUUUUGACACACAAAUGUUAUUGUUAUUAUUAACAUAAACCUCAAUUAAGCUGCCAGUAUGUUCUUACACAUAUUCUUCGCGAAACAAGAGCAGAAUCGCUGUAGUUUUUUUCAUACGUUAAUUCGUACAUCAUGUCGCGUUAAAUUUAGUGCGGAAAUUAACAUACAAAUGUUAUACAGACAUUUACAGACAGGUUAUUAUUGUUAACUUCAACUAAAACUGUUAAAAAUAUUUCUGUUAAUUGAAAUGGUUAAAAUAAAACAUACAUUUUAGUUGGAAAACAAACU